AUGGCAGGAAAACUAUUCAGCAAAGAAGAAUUGAAUUACUUCAAAUGUUCAUCCAUUGUUCUGGACGAAGUUCCAAAGAUGUUACGUCAGACAUUUGCAACAAUGUGGGACAGCAAGAUUGCCACAUUGCCAGGUUAUCGAGUAUGGGAUGAUUCUACCACGGUCCGCAAUCUUCUCCUGACAAGAGAAGGCGGAAAAUCUGAUAUAUCAACCAGUAAAUCGAUCAAUGAUUGGGAUUGUACAGCUCUGUUUAAAGCUACAAUUUACUCCAACACUUUUGGCCUCGUCACGUAUAAGUCUACGAAGACACUUUAUCAUCAAUACCUUAAAGGAAGGAAACCUAGUCCUUUCCAUUCUUCAGUGAUUAGUCCAACUGGAAAUCCGGAUGAAACUGUAACAUUAGCAAUCGAUCAACUUCGUCUACUCAGAAACACUUUAUGUCACAUACCUAAGCCAACAAUUAGUAAAGUUGAUAUUAAUUAUUAUAUUCAGCUAGCAAAGGAUGCUUUUACAGCAACAGGAGUCUCAGUAGUUGGUAUCGAUGACAUUGGUUGCCUUAAAGAAGAAGACUUUCCAACUGCUAUAGUUAACGAGUUAAUUGACGGAAUGAAGACCGAGUUACAAGAAACCAACAAGUUUCUUCAACAAGAAGUCAUGGAGAAAAUAUCUGGUUUCGAAAAUGCUCAAGAAGAAGUCAUGGAGAAAAUAUCUGGUUUCGAAAAUGCGCAAGCAACAUUUCUUCAUGAUAUUAAUGGGAAGUUAGAAGGCGUGAAAAUGGAUAUCAUUGAUCAAGCUUCCAAAAAUGGUAAUUGUACAAUUUUUUUGUUUUAGCUAAAUUAAUAUGUCAACUGUUCAUUUCAAUCGAUUGGACUCACUUGAGAACAUAUUAAUGUGAAUCCUUUGAAUCUUCAUUUCAUACCUUUUGUUGCAUGCCAUAUAUGGAAUGCAACUUUCAUAUAUCUCAAAAUGUUAUGUCGCGGCGUACCGGCGGUGGAAAAUCACUUGGCAGGUUCGUAUAAAAUCCGACAAAUACCGAGUUUUUCCAACGAGCAUUUACGAGCAUAAUAAGUAUUAUUAUAAAUUUUGAAUCAUGUCGAAAACGCAAGAAAAUAUUGAUUGUGACUAUGGUUCAUUGGUGGACCUCACUGAUCUCAAAAAUAUGGCUUUAUGCCAGGAGAGGGAAAAACAAGAUUUCAAUUUUCAAAAGCAUAUAUUUGGAAAAUCACGUUUCACACAAUGAGCUUUGAAGCAAUUUUUGCCUUGAAGAAAUGAGAAGAAUUGAUUUACUAUGGAAAAUCGUGAAAUAUAGGGCAAGUUUGCUUUGAAUGUUGUUGCUUUAAUUUAUUGCGUAAAACAUGCACUGCUUUCCUUUUCAAUGAAGCUGUAAGUUUCCUAAAUUACUCUAGCUGUUUAAUUUAAGAAAAAAAUGUAAAUACAAAACAUUUUACGAAGUGAUUCAGGAUAAUUUUUACAUUAAAUCAAAGCUCGCAAAAUGCAAAAUAACAUACCUUCAGUACAUAUUUCGGAAAAACUAUUCAUUGUUAUAUAGUUAAAAGCAAUAAUCUUUCAACUAUUUUGGCGUGUUGUACAAGAAAUAUAAUUAGAAAUUAAAAUUAUCGUGUUGCUAUGGCAACACUGACGAAAACGCGAGCCUGCGUUCAGUGUCGAUCAUUAUUAUUAAUAUUUCAUGUUAAAUCAAUGUUUGAAAAAUAUAGGCGAGGGGUUGCUGUAUGCAUGUAUUUCUAGUUUACCUUAUAUACUCUGUUAUUUGUUGUGAUUUUGGAGCCGUUGUGCUUGCACUGACGAGUAUGACUAAAGGGAGAGUUACCAACCGGAGAGUUAUCUCGGAGAGUUAUGAUUUCGGAGAGUUCUGUUCGAACCACGCCAAAACCAAGCCUACUUUCCCCAAUGACCACACCCAAUUUCUUAACUCUCCCGACGUUUCCUUGAACUAACAUGAGAGUGUUAUGUUUGACGUAACUCUCUCUCUCUCGUUAACAUUAUGAAGAUGUUAGAGAGUUAUCAUUUUUUAUAACUCUCCGCGUUCACGAUUGUGGCAAUGAAGAGAGUUAUGUCAGUUUUUUGAGAAAACCUUAGUAAAGCUUGUUUCUUCAGAUUUUCAUCUUAUAUUUUGGUAUUUCAGUUUGUAACGUGUCAAUAGCAUGCGUCCAAACAGGAAAUAGUACAACUUGACGUCCAAACAGGAAAUAGUCAAAACAAUGAGAUGCUUGCAUCAGAAGGGUCAAAGUACCCCAAGAAGCAUGCUUUGACGUGUAUUUGGCAGUAAAUACGGUAAGCAUAGUUGCAAGAAAAUUGCGAAAAUUGAAUCUUUCAGAAAUUCAGGUUUUGGAAAUACUUUCCCAGAUCAACCAAUAGGGCAUUACAUUGGAAAGGUUUUCUGGUUCUAUCUGAGCUGUAUCUGAAUGCUGGCCGGGCUUUGUAGAUAAUCCAAGUGAGCAUGUAUAAUAGUUUAUUUACUCGUACUCGCUUCACUUGGUAAGUACUAAAGUACUACCAGUUUCUACUAGCGUGGAAUGUUAAAGCUGAAACUUGAGAAAAAAGUAAAUUCACAAUUAUAAUUUACUAAAAUGUGGAAGUUUUUUUCAAAAAACUGACGGACAUAACUCUCUUCAUUGGCAUUGCCACAAUCGUGAACGCGGUGAGUUAUAAAAAAUGAUAACUCUCUAACAUCUUCAUAACGUUAACAAGAGAGAGUUACGUCAAACAUAACUCUCUCAUGUUAGUUCAAGGAAACAUCGGGAGAGUUAAGAAAUUGGGUGUGGUCGUUGGGAAAAGUGGGCGUGGUUUGGGCGUGGUUUGGGCGUGGUUCGAACAUAACUCUCCGAAAUCAUAACUCUCCGAGAUAACUCUCCACUUCAUAACUCUCCGUUUAGCCGGUCCCUGUACUGACUAGAUAUCUAUCAAGCGCUAUUAUAUAGCGUGAAAGGCCACACUAUCAAAAUACUCAAUUUUAUACUCAAACUGAAACGGAGCCAUUGUGCUCGCACUUACUAUUUAUCAGGCCGAUUUGAAAAAAUUGGUAAAUUGGUAAAAACCAUGUUUGAUAUUUACCAGGAAAAUACCAAUAACAGUCAAUAUUAAACAUCAGGGCUUUUUUACUAAUUUACUAUAUGGGAAAUCUAUAAUAACCGACAAUGGUAUGAGUUCAAUUUUUACAAUGAUAGUAUACAUCUUUAAAAACCAUUCAACACCAUUAAUGGAAAUUUAAAUUUUUUCCUGUGUGAUUAGUUCAUUUUUAUCACGUAAUCGGUUUAAAUUUUUGUUUCUUCUGUAAACAUGCAGUAUUUUUUUCUAACUCAAUCUACUACUUUCAGACGAAAGGCGUUCGCUCGAAACUUCAGAUGAAGCGAAAUUGCAUCCUAUAUCGCAGGAGAAAGAAUUAAAUUUCCAUUAAUGGUUUUGAAUGGUUGAACUGAGCUCUUACCAUUCCAUUAUUGGUUAUUGGUUAUUAGAAAUUUCCCAAACAGUAAAGUUUGGUUUUCUUAGGGACCAGUCAUAAAGUAAAAGCUGGGGUGGGCUGGGAAAAAUAGGGGGUGGUUCACUAUUUCUGUGCACGGUUGAAAGGGUGGGUCAUCGAAAGUUAUUUGCAAUCAUAAGGGUGGGCCAUGUAAAAAUAUGCAGAAAUUUUUCAAGGGCACGUGUAUUAAAAUUCAUAUUAUAAAAAUAGAAAUAAAAUGUAUCAGAAUCCAUGUGUAGAAUUUAUACCACAAACGUUAACCUCAAACUUAAAAGCUGGAUUUACUGUCUUGGCCAAUCAGUGGCGGACACUAGUGGGUAUGAGACUCCCCCUCCCCCCCACCUCCAAUAAUUUUGAAUGACUGUAAAAAUCUCGCACCAAAUAACACAAAUCGUGCACACUCAUAUAAUGUAAUCGUCGUGAUAAUAUAAUGAUAUAUGUUUCUGUACUGUACAUGUCACAACAUAUGCAUUUUAUACACUCUUUUUUGACAGAUACUAGGGGGUCAACUUUUUGUAACAGGCACUUCUUUAAAUGUUAUUGUCGAUUUUUUCUUGUUUCCGAAGCUUAUACCAUUGUUUAGCGGCGAAAUUCCCUGUGCACAAUAAUAUUUGAAUGCGUAUUAAACUAUUAUGCUUAAAACAAUGGAUAAUUCAAUUGACAUCAUCACUUAGCAAAUAAAGUUUUACAUUGUCAUUGGCGUGUUAAUUAAAUUAAAGCACCUUGCAAUUCCAUUCACAAAUGUAAAUAAUCAUGUAAUUAUAUAUUUUCUCUGAAAUGUUGAUUUUCUCUGAAAUGUUGAUGUGAUUUAUAACAAAACGCAUCAUUGAAACAGUGUUUUGAAAACUAGUUUUUUCGCAAAAUGUGUUCUCAGAAUGCUGCAAAUACCAUCUCCGGGAUUCAAAUUUUAAAAUUUUGCCACAAGACCUUUGCCUAAAUUUUUUCCUGUGUAUAUCAAUGCUCGUCAAAGUAGAAAAAAUUGUUUUACGUUUCGAUCGUUCACUUUGAUCACUACCAAAUGAAAUGCGUUUUCUUUUUAGCUCGCCUGCACUUUAGUGCAGAAGGGCCAUUGCUAUAGUAAAUCACGAUUUCAGAAGUAAGUUAAAGGCGCUUAAUUUCGACUACGCCACUGAAUAUGUAUUUUUUAGGUAUAUGUAAUUUAUGCCAUUUUCCCCAUUGCUCACCCAGGGAAUCGGUAAAGUGGUCUAACAUAGUGUAUUGAUGUUUUAUUUACUAGCAAAUUUUCAAACGAUUCCUGAUUCGUGUGUUCCACCAUUAAUUCCUGACUUUGUUGGUCGGAAUGAGGAAUGCGAAGCUGUGGGUAAAUCUAUGAUGUCACAGUCAACGCGGUUAUUCAGUAUAUGGGGCUCACCAGGAUUUGGUAAAACGUCAAUGGCCAUUGCCACUGGAAACCAACUAAAGAAUCAAGGGGAGUCUGUUUAUUACUUCUCAUUCCGAGGUGUAAGUACCAUGAAAGAAUUCACCUCGAAAUUACUUGGCUUAUUCAUACGUUCAACAGAGUUGAAUCACAACGUAAAUAUAACCCCUGCUGAUGAGCUUCUUCGCGCCUUUCGAAGUAUUAACAUCCGCGUUUUUGUCAUUCUCGAUAAUAUUGAUGAUCUUUUAACAUCUAGUGACAAAAAGGAGGCAGUGUUAAAUUUCACAACCGACGUUCUACAUCGCUGUCCAAACGUAUGCUUUUUGACCAUCACAAGAGAAUUCCUAGAAUUUAUUUAUUCCCGAUUGCAAGGAUUCGAUUCUUUGCGGUUAAAACCUUUGGACGCGCAAUCUUCAGAAACUUUGAUUCUGAAAUUCCUACCACUAUCAACAGCAGUAGACAUACAAAGCCAAAUAUCAAAGAUGUGUGGACAUGUUCCAUUAGCUAUACGAUUACUUUGUACCCUGAUCAAAGAUUGUCCUCGAGAGUUUCUGGAUGAAAUUAAUCACGGUUCUGAAGGUUUGCUAGAUGUCAUAGAUGAUCCUUUCUGUGUUUGA